AAACAACCACCAUUUUUCAUUUGAAUUUAAACGGUUUAAUAAAAGUUGGUGCAAGCACCUCAACAAAAAAAGGAAAACCGUGUUGAAUAGAUAAAAUAGCAACAAAAGAAAAGAACGUAGGAAAAUUCCUUUGCUUGCUUGUUAAUUCAAGGAAAAUUAUUAAGGAAAAUCCGCGUUUUGGCAAAUUAUCGUUUAUUAAUGUGUUUUUAAUUUACCUGCUUUUUUUGCCGAAUGUUUGUAUAAAAGUUUGUGACUGUUGAGAAUUUAUUGUCAUUUGUAACUUUUGAUUGUCACCAAACGAAUCGUCUUCAUUUUUUUUCCCAACGCACACACAAAAACAGCAGCAGCCACAGAAGAAGAAAAAAAGAAAAAUCACCAGACAAACGACUAAACGAAUAUAAAGGUAUUAGAGAUAAAAAUUGCCAAAACUAUAAAUAUACAAGACAACAAUGGGUGAUUUGGAAAGUGUAAGGGUGGCUCUAAGAGUACGCCCUUUGGUGCCUUCCGAACAGGCUCGCGGCUGUCAGGUGGCUGUGGAGAAAAUGGACGGAGCUAAUCAGGUGUUGGUCAACAAUACUGAUGCCUUCUCCUUUAAUUUCGUAUUCGAUUGGCGUGACACCCAAGAGCAGGUGUAUAAUUUGUCAGUGUCUGAUAUGUUGGAUAAGUUAUUCUCCGGUUUCAAUGCCACUAUCUUGGCCUAUGGCCAGACUGGCUCUGGCAAGACUCACACUAUGGGUACGGCUUUUGAUGGUGCAUUAGAUGAGAAUGUUGGUGUAAUACCACGCGCCAUGCAUGAUAUUUUCGAAAGAAUUAAAAAACUUUCCGAUGAGUUUGAGUUUGUUAUAAAGUGUUCAUUUAUGGAGUUGUAUCAGGAACAGCUAUACGAUUUGCUGUCGGAGAAGUCACGCGAGGAAAGUGUCAUCGAUAUGCGUGAAGAUCGUAAUGGUAUUUUAAUGGUGGGCUUAACGGAGAAGGAAGUGUUUAACGCCAAAGAAACUACCGAUUGUUUGGUGAAGGGUUCAACGGGUCGGGCAGUGGCUUCAACUGCUAUGAAUCAACAAUCUUCCAGAUCUCAUGCAAUUUUCACGGUUACAUUGCAGGCCACCAAAAAGGAUGAGAGUCGAGCAGUUACUACUUCUAAAUUUCAUUUGGUGGAUUUGGCCGGUUCGGAACGUUCGAAAAAGACUGGUGCCACUGGUGACCGUUUCAAGGAAGGUGUUAAAAUCAAUCAAGGUCUUUUGGCUUUAGGCAAUGUAAUAUCAGCCUUAGGAGAUGGCAAAGGUGCCGGUUUUGUACGUUAUCGUGACUCAAAACUAACUAGACUGCUGCAGGAUUCGUUGGGUGGCAAUUCCGUUACCCUUAUGAUAGCAUGUGUCUCACCGGCCGAUUACAAUGUUGCCGAAACACUGAGUACUUUACGCUAUGCCGAUAGAGCACGUAAAAUUAAAAAUAAACCCAUUGUUAAUCAAGAUCCUCAUGCUGCCGAAAUCAAUCGUCUUAAAGGUAUCAUACAGAAAUUACGGGUAGAAUUGCUAACAAAAGGUGGUGCCAUGACUUCCUCCUUAACACAAGAUUUGGAAACUGUAGGACCUGUAGCUCCCCUAAUGACUACCUCAAUGCCCACAAUUAUGCCCUCGGAGGAGCAAAAUCGUAAAUAUAAAGAAUUACAAGAAAAAUAUCGGACUUUACAAAAACAAUGGCAAAUGACUUUGCACGAUGUGACAGAGCAUGAAAUGAGAGCUCAUAUAGCGGAAGCAGCACAUGAGAAUCUUAAACAAAAGGCAGGAGAAAUGAAAAGUUUCGUAACAGAAUUAUCUAAAAUCAAAGAAACACCUUUGUAUGAAGAAAAGCUGGAGGAAACAGUCAUGCACAUUAGCAAAUUGGUAGAGGGACUAGAUGAAGAAUUGUGUAGAGCAGAAACAGAAAUAAUGGAUCAUAAACGUCGUUCCUCGGCCAGCACUACCGAUCACUGUGAAGAUGACGACAAUAAUGUAAAUGUCUCCGAAAUGCAAGCUAUUAUGCAAGAACGCACCGAAGCUUUUACCAGCAAACAAAUGGAAAUCAAUGAACAAUUGCGUCGCAUUAAUCGGGAGCUAAAUCUCAAAGAACAGCUACAACAACGUAUAACAGGCAAUUUUAGUAAAUUCUCUACUCUAGAUGAUGACAUUGAAGAGAAAUUUAAAGAAUGUGAGCAAAAGAUACAAGAACUGGAGGCGGAAAAGUCUGAAUUGCUUGACAAAUUACGUCAUGUUAAAGAGAAUGCCUCAGCUAAAUUGGCCGAAGAAAGACGUAAACGUUUGCAGACCUUAGAGCAAGAAAUAACCGAAAUGAAACGUAAAAAUACUCAACAAGCUAAAUUGUUAAAAAUACGUGAAAAGGAAACGCAAAAAAUUAAAAACCUAAGCAGUGAAAUACAAGCCAUGAAAGAAUCCAAGGUAAAACUGGUGCGAGCUAUGCGUUCGGAGGCUGAAAAUUUCAGACAAUUUAAAAUGAUGCGUGAAAAGGAAUUGAUGCAAUUGAAAAAUAAAGAUCGUAAAAUGCAAAAUGAAAUGGCACGCAAAGAGGCCCUACACAAUAAACAGCGUAAUGUGUUAAAACGCAAAUGUGAAGAAGCCAUGGCCAUUAAUAAGAGACUGAAAGAUGCUCUCGAAAGGCAAAAGGUGGCCCAAACGCAACGGCAAAAGAUGCAAUCCUCAAAAGAUGCUACGGCUGCCUCAGUGAAAAUUGAUCAGGUUAUUGCCUGUGUUGAACGCGAACUAGAGGUAAUUAUAUCCCUUAUUGAUGCUGAACGUACACUUGAACAAUUAAUGGAUGACCGUGGCAUAAUUAGCAGUCGACUUGGAGAAUUAAAACAGCAACAACCUCCCCCCGAGCCCCAAUCCCCAGCCGGUUUGGAAAUUGCCAACUUGGAGGAAGAACUCGAAAUGCGAAACGCCCAAAUUUCCGACCUCCAGCAGAAGGUAUGCGCUAACGAUAUCGACACCCUUAUCAAAUCACUCGGCGAUAAUGUCCAUAGCUUAGCCGAGGCUCGGGCUGUGUUCAAGUAUCUGUUGAAAUCUUUGGUCGACAUGAGACGUGAACAUUCACAACUCUGUGAUGAGUUGCGAUCACAGAUCUCUACGGCCGAAGAGAAAUCAAAUGAGGCAGCCAAAACAUUGCAACAAAUGAAACUUGAACAUGAACAGGCCAUAGCGGAAUAUGAAGAAAAGAUAUCGGUGGCCCUGACGCCCGAACAGGAACAACGUUUGAAGUUACAAGAGGAGCAAGAGAAAAAGAUUGAAUCGCUUAUGAUUGAAUUGGAGAAUUACAAACAAUUGCGUGAGAAUGCAACAAACAAUAAUAAGAAGAAGGGAAAGACUACGACCAAGAAAAUUUCCCCCGCCAUUAAACCCGAACCCAUGGACGAAGAAGAAAUAGAAGAGGAAGAAGACUUUACCGAAAGCGAAGAAGAAGAUUUUGAUGAAUCCGAAGAUGAUCCCGAUUGGAUUAAAACACCCAUGGUUCGGAAACGUCCAAAUAACAUGCGUCGUCGAACCUCCCAAACCUCACAAAACUCCCUCACCCAGUCCUACAUCUCCCAUAGUAUGGAUGAGGACAACGGCCUCAGACAACAGAUCUCCUUUGACACCACUGAUACAGGAGCAUUUAGACAAAUUGCAAACACAUCUGGCAAGGGUAAGCACCAGCGGAAGUCCAAGGGCUGCAAAUGCCGUGGUGACUGCGGAAAGAAACGUUGCGGAUGUAAUUCGAUCAAUCAGAAAUGUACGGUAAGCUGUAGCUGUACAGAUAAAUGUAAAAAUCGUGCAACACCAACGACCAAUCAAAAAUCGGACGAUGAUGAGAAUGAAGAUAUUGUCAUUAAAGAGGAAGAGAAUGAUGUGACCAGCGAAACGUCUGAUGCGGAAAAUCAAUUUAAAUCACCGCAAAAAAUCAAGAAUAAUAAAACAACAACAACAACAAAAGAAAUUAGUGCCGAAGAAACAUUCCUAACAACACAUUCAAACAUCAAUGCCUCAACAUUUUUAACACCCAAAAUGGCCAGAUUAUCUACCAUAAAUUUUGAUACUGCUACCGCCAAAAAGAAAUUCUUUAAUGAUUAACUACUACUCUAUAGUGUGCCUCAAACUUUAAAAAUCCUUAUUAACUCUUAUCUACCGUUUAAACGUUUUGUUUAUUUAAGUUGUAUGUUUUUUACAUGAAUUUUAAUUCAAACUACUUAUAAAUUAAAAUUUUACAUAAUUUUACAUGUGUUAAACUUAAUUUAAAUUUUAUUUAUAUUAACUUAACUAAAUGAAAGCAACAAACACCACUUGUAAUGAAAACAAAAUCAUUGCAUAGUAAAACCUAAUUACUUAAAAUGUAAAGAAAAGCCUCAAUCUUGCGAGCAUUUAUAAGACUGCUAAGUAACCGUCUAUACAUUUUUUAAAAUAUAUCCCCCUCAAAAGCAGUCUAUUUGUUAACAUAGUUUUAUAAAAUAUGUUUUUCAUUUAUGGGUGUUUUUUUUUUUUUCAUUAAUUAUAAUUA